AUGACCAUGAAGCAACCUCAAGUCCAACGCAUCGACCGAGCCAACGUGGCCGAUAUCAUUCAAGCCAUUAUCGACAAUGGCUGCUGUGUGAUCAAGAACUUUACCAGCGCGGAAACAAUAAAUAAUGUCAAUGCGGAGGCUCAACCUUACCUCGAUGCGGAUAAACCAUGGAAGGGCGAUCUUUUCCCACCGGAAACUCGGCGAUGUGCCAAUCUGAUGGGGCGGAGCAAGACAGCCAGAGAACAAUGGCUAGUCGAUCACCUCGUCCGUACAUUGACCGCCAAAUUCGUGGAUAAGACAACGUCAAACUUCUACGGAGAAACCAAACACACCUAUACGAGCGAGGCAAUCUGUUCGAUCGCGAUGACAUUUGACGUCGGACCAGGUGCCAAAGCGCAGCGACUACAUCGAGACGACAAGAACUUCCACGUUGAUCACGAAGAUCAAUCUUCCACGGGUUAUCGUGUAGGUUCGGAUGUGAUGAUGGCAUUUAUGAUCCCCGGAGUCAAGACUACCGUGGAGAACGGUGCUACUAUAGCCAUUCCCGGUAGCCAUCUUUGGGGCUCUGAUCGAGCCCCAAAACUACACGAGGCGGGGCCUGCUCUUAUGGAUUUAACCGACUGUUGGGUCAUGUUGGGCGGGUUGUAUCAUGCCGCAGGAGCAAAUAUCACCCUGGAUGAGCGGAGGACCUUACAUGGGAUGUUUUUCACUCGCGGGUUUUAUCGACAGGAGGAGAAUAUUUAUCUGGCCAACUCUGCUGAGGAGGUUCUGAGCUGGUCACCAGAGGCUCAAAAGGCCUUGGGGUAUGAGUUAUCAAGCCCAAAUAUCGGGUUCGUGGAGUUUAAGACGCCGAUACAGUACCUUCGGGGAGCAGAGGUCGAUGCAUUCGGUGAUUUCGACCCCUCACAAGAGAAGGAAGCUUGA